CGCCUAGGGAGUGCACUGCAUGGGGAGGGGCUCAGGCCCGAGGCUCGCCGAGCCUUUGUCUUCGCUGCGGCCCCUUGACCUCGAGGGCGCCCACCGUGACGUCACGGGACCCCGGUGACGUCAGGCCCAGGGAGGACCCCAGUGGGGUCCUGGGUUACAGGUCGGCUGGACUCGGUGCCUCUCCGCGGCGCCGGAACGGGAAAGACGCUAAAGACGCCCUUUCUGACCCGGGAUCGGCCCUUCCCCCUCACCUGAGAGCCAGGGCGGCCUCACCCUUGCACUGUGACCCUUUAGGAGGAGAGGGACAAAACCUUCUCCGCGGCGCAGCACGUUACGCUUCUGGAGUUUUCACCGCCUAACCGUUUGCGAUUCUUCGUAUUCUCAGAGGACGGCCACUAUUGUUCUCCCAUUUCACAGAUAAUGAAACGAGAGAUUGAAAGAAAGGCUGCGACUUGCCCAGGGUCACACAAUUGACGGCAUAACUGGGAUUCGAGGCUGGGGUGCUUGCAGGCACACAAUGGAUGAAGGAGUCUUCAAAUGCCCUGAGGACCAACUUCCUCUGGACUACGCCAAGAUCUACCCAGAUCCAGAGCUGGAGGUCCAGGUGUUAGGUCUGCCCAUCCGCUGCAUCCACAGUGAGGAGGGCUGCCGCUGGAGUGGGCCGCUCCGACAUCUGCAGGGCCACCUGAAUACCUGCAGCUACAAUGUAGUCCCCUGCCCUAAUCGCUGCCCCGCCAAGCUGAGCCGCCGCGAUCUACCUGCGCACUUGCAGCAUGACUGCCCCAAACGGCGCCUCAAGUGCGAGUUCUGUGGCUGUGACUUCAGUGGGGAGGCCUAUGAGAGCCAUGAAGGCAUGUGCCCUCAGGAGAGUGUAUACUGUGAGAACAAGUGCGGUGCCCGCAUGAUGCGGCGACUGCUGGCCCAGCACGCGACCUCCGAGUGCCCCAAGCGUACCCAGCCUUGCACCUACUGUAACAAGGAGUUUGUCUUUGACACCAUCCAGAGUCACCAAUACCAGUGCCCAAGGUUGCCUGUGCCCUGUCCCAACCAGUGUGGUGUGGGUACCGUGGCCCGGGAGGAUCUGCCAGGCCAUCUGAAGGACAGCUGUAGUACUGCCUUGGUGCUGUGCCCGUUCAAAGACUCCGGCUGCAAGCACAGGUGCCCUAAGCUCGCAAUGGCACGACAUGUGGAGGACAGUGUGAAGCCACAUCUGGCUAUGAUGUGUGCCCUGGUGAGCCGGCAGCGGCAGGAGCUGCAGGAACUGAGGCGGGAGCUGGAAGAGCUCUCCGUUGGCAGCGACGGGGUGCUAAUCUGGAAGAUUGGCAGCUACGGACGGCGGCUACAGGAGGCCAAGGCCAAGCCUAACCUGGAGUGCUUCAGCCCAGCCUUCUACACACACAAGUAUGGUUAUAAGCUGCAGGUGUCUGCAUUCCUCAACGGCAAUGGCAGUGGUGAGGGCACGCAUCUCUCUCUCUACAUCCGUGUCCUGCCAGGCGCCUUUGACAAUCUCCUCGAGUGGCCCUUUGCCCGCCGUGUCACCUUCUCCCUGCUGGAUCAGAGUGACCCUGGCCUGGCUAAGCCACAGCAUGUCACUGAGACCUUCCACCCUGACCCAAACUGGAAGAAUUUCCAAAAGCCGGGCACUUGGCGAGGUUCCCUGGAUGAGAGUUCUCUGGGCUUUGGAUACCCCAAGUUCAUCUCCCACCAGGACAUCCGGAAGCGAAACUACGUGCGGGAUGAUGCUGUGUUCAUCCGGGCCUCUGUUGAACUACCCCGGAAGAUCCUCAGUUGAUCGCAAAGCUGAUAGGCGUGAGGGGAGAGGGGGAUGGAAUGUGACCUAUCAGGCACUAGCUGAACUGGGAAAGGGGGCCGGACCCCCUCUCAGCUGCUUUCUGCUGCCUAGGUUCUGUUACCCCAGUCUCCCCCUACCACCACCACCCUCAGGUGCCUCCACUUGGUGCUUCAGCCCUGGCCUGUGGGGAGAGCAGGUCUCGGGGUUAUCAAGGGCUGGAAACUAGCAAUCCCAGGGCCAGUGCCCCUUCCUGGGCAGAGCAGACAUGCCUUGGUGCCGGCCAUUAUCCUUCUUGGACUGAGGUGCCUGCUCGGGUGCUAUGUCCCAAGAGCCAUAUGCAGGGGAGUCGGGAAAGGGAGCGAUAGUUAAAGAAUCUGUCUUGAGAUUGAUUCCCCUUACCUUUCCCCAGCUGUGUCCCCUCUGGUUAUUUAUUUCCUUAGUGCCAAGAGGGCACAGCAGGGGAGCCUUGGUUUUUAAUAAAUCCUGAAUUCUAUUUAUUAA